AUGCCCUUAAUCAGGGUAAAAUUGAAGACAAAAGCUAGCAGGCAGAAGAGCUAUACAGAUUUCUAUAGAAGAGAAGUGGUUUUCCAAGAGGGGGAUAUGGUGCUUCUAGAGGUAUCUCCAGUGAAGGGUGUCAUCUGGUUUAGGAUGAGAGGAAAACUAGCUACAAGGUAUAUUAGACCGUGCAAAGUGUUGCAAAGGGUCGAAUAUGUAUCUUAUAAGCUAGCCUUGCCACUCGAAAUGGAGAGGAUCCAUUCGGUGUUUCAUGUCUCUAUGUUGCGAAAGCAUGUAUUAGAUCCGAACAAGGUUAUAAGUAAACCAAACAUAGAAAUUUCAGAGGAUCUUUUUUAUGUCAACCAACUAGUACAGAUUGUGGAUACACAGAUAAGAAAGCUCAGGAAUAAAGAGAUACCUAAGGUCAAAGUCCUUUGA